UGCAUAUUUAACUCCUUCUCUUCCUCUCACUUGUCCCUACCAGUUAUCCAUCCUCCUUUCCUUCCAGUCUCACUCAAUUGCAGCCUCUCAAUCAAACCUAUACCACCCAAAACACUCUUCACAAAAUCGCCAACAUGGUCCUCAAGCUUCACGGAAUCCCCAUGUCCACCUGCACCAAGCGGGUGCAGAUCGCCCUCAACGAGAAGGGCGUGGACCACGAGCUCGUCCCCGUCAACUUUGCCCAGGGCGAGCACAAAUCCCCCGAAUAUCUCGCCAACAAGCAGCCCUUCGGCAAGGUUCCCGUGCUGGAGGAUACAGAGACCGGGGUGAAGAUCUUCGAAAGCAGAGCCAUCGCUCAAUACAUCGCCGCCAAGUACCGCGGCCAGGGUAACGAGAUCUCGCCCUCCGAGUCGGACCUCAAGGCUUUCGCCCUGUACCAGCAGGCUCUAUCCGUUGAGGCAUCCUACUUCGACCCCGUCGUGUCCGGCAUCGCCUACGAGAAGGUCUUCAAGGUGAUGAAGGGCCAGGGAGAGACGGACGAGGGCCGCGUCAAGGCCCUACUCAAGCAAUUGGAGGCCGCGCUUGACGGCUACGAGCGCAUCCUUUCCAAGCAGAAGUACCUUGCUGGCGACAACGUGACGCUUGCCGAUCUCAAUCACCUCCCUUACGGUGUCUUUGUCGAGCAGUUUGGCUUCAAGGAGCUGCUGCCAAAGUAUCCUCACGUCCAAAAGUGGUGGGAGGAGCUCAAGACCCGUGAGAGCUGGAAGAAGAUUGCUGCCAACUAGGCGGUGUAAAAAGUUACAAUAAUGAUAUCUUCAAAUUAAUGAACAAAAGCCGA